AUUCCUACUUUGCGUGAUGGGGGCCAGCUACAGCACGAAAGUCAGAUGUUGUUUGAAAGUUGAAGGAAUGAACACACUGUUGUCUUCUCGUGUCGCGUCUCUAUUUUCUACAACUGAAAUGACUUAUUAAACCUGGAGGCUUCUGAGCAAGAGAAAACUAAAAUUCAGGGAAGAAUGUUCAGCUGUGUGUAACUGCAGAAUAUCACAAAGGUGUCUGAUUUGUUUUAAAUUUGCAGAGUAAUUGUACUUCUGUUCAGCUGCUGACAAGCGUGAGAUACCCGGUAUGGCCUCAUCAUCAACACCUAAAUAUAAUUCAAACUCCUUGGAGAGUUCCUCAAGUAAAAGGACUCUAAAAGAUGGAACUAACUGGGAACAAAAUGAAGAAAUACCUCGUCUGCCAGGAGAGACUAGAGUUACAGACAAGGAUGUUAUUUAUAUGUGUCCAUUUAAUGGCCCCGUUAAAGGAAGAGUGUACAUCACAAACUACAGGCUGUACCUAAGAAGUGUGGAAAAUGACCCAGUUCUGGUACUGAAUGUUCCAUUGGGCGUAAUUUCAAGGAUUGAAAAAAUGGGAGGAGCUUCAAGCAGAGGAGAGAACUCUUAUGGAUUAGAUAUAACCUGUAAAGAUAUGAGAAAUUUACGGUUUGCAUUAAAACAAGAAGGGCACAGUAGAAGAGAUAUAUUUGAAGUUCUUACAAAAUAUGCUUUUCCCCAGUCACAUAACUUGCUUUGUUUUGCAUUUGCAAAUGAAGAAAAGUUUUCUGAAAAUGGAUGGAUGGUGUACAAUCCAAUGUCCGAAUACAGGAGACAAGGACUGCCUAAUGAACGGUGGCGAGUAACUUUUAUUAAUGAACAUUAUGGACUGUGUGACACAUAUCCAUCGCUUUUAGUAGUGCCAUAUAAUGCAACAGAUGAUGAUCUCAAGAAAGUUGCUGCCUUUAGGUCCCGAAAUAGAAUCCCGGUUCUGUCAUGGAUUCAUCCAGAGACUCAAGCUGUUAUUAUGCGCUGCAGUCAACCCCUUGUUGGAAUGGGUGGCAAGCGGAAUAAAGAUGAUGAAAGAUAUCUUGAUAUCAUCAGGGAGGCUAAUGGGCAAAUCUCAAAACUGACCAUCUAUGAUGCUAGGCCCAAUGUCAAUGCAGUCGCAAACAAGGCAACUGGGGGAGGAUAUGAAGGUGAAGAUGCGUAUCCCAAUGCAGAACUUUUCUUCUUGGACAUUCAUAAUAUUCACGUCAUGCGGGAGUCUUUGAAGAAGCUGAAGGACAUUGUUUAUCCUAAUGUGGAAGAAUCACACUGGUUGUCAAGUCUGGAAUCAACCCAUUGGUUAGAACAUAUAAAGCUUGUCUUGACAGGAGCUAUUCAAGUGGCAGACAAGGUAUCCUCAGGAAGGAGCUCUGUGGUGGUUCACUGCAGUGAUGGCUGGGACCGGACAGCACAGCUAACAUCGCUGGCCAUGUUGAUGCUAGACAGCUACUACAGGACAAUUGAAGGCUUUGAAGUUCUGGUGCAAAAAGAGUGGAUAAGCUUUGGACACAAAUUUGCAUCGAGAAUAGGCCAUGGUGAUAAAAAUCAUGCUGAUGCAGACAGAUCACCCAUCUUUCUCCAGUUUAUUGAUUGUGUGUGGCAGAUGUCUAAACAGUUUCCUACAGCCUUUGAAUUCAAUGAGCAGUUCUUGAUUACAAUCCUGGAUCACUUGUACAGCUGCCGGUUUGGUACUUUCUUGUAUAACAGUGAGUCUGUUAGAGAAAAAGAGAAAGUGACUGAGAAAACAUUAUCGUUAUGGUCUUUAAUAAACAGUGAAAAAUCUAAAUACACCAAUCCUUUUUAUACUAAAGAGCUAAAUCGAGCACUCUAUCCGGUAGCCAGUAUGCGUCAUUUAGAGCUCUGGGUCAAUUACUACAUCAGGUGGAACCCAAGAAUUCGGCAACAACAGACAAAUCCAGUGGAGCAGCGUUACAUGGAGCUCCUUGCGUUACGUGAUGAUUAUAUAAGGAGACUUGAAGAACUACAGAUCACAAAUAAUUCUAAGAUACCCAAUUCAUCAGCCUCAUCAGCAUCUCCCUCACAAAUGAUGUCCCAAGUACAAACACAUUUUUGAAGAAAAUGUUGGCUUUGUUCUAUACUGUUAAUAGCAAGUGGUGCUUAACAUAGCAUAGAGAGGAAUAUUUUAAUGCCUUACAUUAGACUGUUCUAACACAAAUUAUUUUAGACUGCCUUCAUUUGAGGAGGACUUCAAAACAAACAAAACCAACUCUUCAAUUACGUGCCUUUCAGAACCUGUGGACUGGGAACGUUAUUAAUCAUCUUCUAGUUAUGGAGGGCUUUAAGAGUGAUUUUGGAAAGUCUGGUAUAAUUGAAAUGAAAUGGAUUUAUUGUUUUCAUAAGAAUGCUUUAAUUUAUUACAUUGUAGGUCAUGUUCCUGUGAGGAAAUUCAUGCUCAGUCUUACGUGUUGUGAAUAAAUGCAUUAAUGGCAAUAGGAAUAUUCACAUUGUGUAAAAAAUUAGAUAUGUGUGUAUUCCUGUUAGGAAUACGUUUGUGGAAAUAAAUUCUAUUCUAAGAUUUCAGAGAAAAGUGUUGAAAUUUUCCGGUUACCUGAGAAUUCCAAAUUUUCCUUUUUUGAAAUAAACAAAACUAUGGAAGGGAUUUCACUGAUAGGCUUCUAAGUAAAAAAAUUCAAAUAGCUCAGUAGAUAUCAAAAGAAAAGAAAAAGCUAUUUUUUACUGUAAAUUGAUUUUUUUUUUAAUUUAUUUUUUAAACAAAUGACAAUUGUAGUGGAUUCUGAGAAGUCCUGUUUUGGCUAACUGUUCAGCACUAAAGUAUAUUACAAAUUAUCGCUGUUGGCAAUAUUGGUUCUUUGGAUUAAUGCAAAAUAAAAUGGUUCUAAAGAAGGUUUAUAGAAUUAAAACCAGACCCACAGAGACAUUGCUUAAAUAUCCAGCAAUAGCCAUAGUAUUAAAGCUUGUGUUUGUCUUCUAAAAGUAAAUGUGCCUGUUUAAAGGAGCUUUUUAUACCAAAGUAGGAAAAAAUUUUCAGUUACAAAUACUGUUGAAAACUUGUACAUUUAUAGCUUACUGUUUAAUUUAACUUUUGUUCAAUGAAUUUAUUCUUAAGUAUUUAAGGGACUUAAGUAUACAAGAUUUACGUAUAAUGUAUGCACUUAUAUUGAACCUUCCAGUGAAUUCUAGUUUCAAGCCUUCAUUUCAGAGGCUUCUUGUAAACCUUCAAUUUGUUCCUUUUCAGGUAUAUUUUAAACAGUUGCAAGCAUUUCUUAUGACAGCACAAACCUUGCUACUUGAUAUUUAAUUAAAAUUUUGCAUAUUCUCAGAAGUUUAAUGAUAUUCAGGCAAGCCAGGAAAUAUUGCAAUUCAGAAUCUGUAGAGGACUUUUAUCUAAUAUUGUUAUUUUAAAGGAGAUAUUUUGAUGCUUGAGGCUUCUGUCAUUGUAAAUUAUUGUACAUGUGGUGAGUUUUGAUCUGCAAGAUAUAAUAGGAUUAUAUAUAAAUGAAGUUUUGUGUAAGUAUAUAUAAUAUAGUUUGUUAGAAAUUCUGCAAGUUUAUACAGUGUAAAUAUUUUGCAUAUGAAAACUAAAUUUAAAGCUAUAGUUCCAUAAAAUAAGUCAAAGUUUAGAGGACAUCUGAAUAUUUUUAGAACAGUAUUUUUUCAAAGGAAUAAAAGUAUACCACCUCUUGAUUUAAUUCAGUAUAUACACUGAAUUGCACUAUUUUUUUCAGGGAAGCUCGGAGCAUACGGCAUGUGUGUUCUAAAUACACAAUUUAUAAGACUUAUUUUUGUCCUCUAAAUUUCAUUCUCCCAUCAAUGUUCUUCAGAAUAACAACAUUGUCCCCAAAUCUUGACUUGUUAAGGUAAAUAAGAUGCAUUACAUCAGAUAAAUGAAGAAGGAUACUGAAUUGUUCAUGGUAUACUUUACGUUUUGAAAGCUAUGCAUACUCUGGUAUAUUUGCCUUCUACUUGUGGUUUAUAAAAAAAGCUAUUUUUAUUAGAAUAUUUAAAGUUUCUGUAUUUGAGUUGGAUGUAUUGGUGACAUCUCUGAGCAGCGUGGAGAAGUUCAGAAAAUCUAAUCGUUUUUACUGUGUAAACACUACAUGAUAACCUAUUGCAUUUGGGAAAGUGUAAUAUAAUGGAAAGGAUCUUUUUGCACUUACUUCAUUACAUAUAUCCCAUUCUUCAUA